AUGAAGGCUCUCUCUCAUUAUAUACUGACCUUGAUCGGUCUAACAUCAAUACCAACUCUCGCAAGUACGAACCAAUCAUCCAUCACAAGAGAAAUAACAGUCAAAAAUUCAUGUAAGACAACAAUCUGGCCAGGUUUACAUACAGGUAACGAAACUACUAUACCGAACCAGAUUACAGGAUGGCGAUUGCAGCCAAAGCAAGGUACGACUUUCCAAGUUCCUGGUAAUUGGACAGCCGGGAGGAUAUGGGCAAGAACAGGAUGUACGAUCGACGAGAGCGGGUUGUUCGUUUGUCUGACGGGCAGUUGUGGGAACGGUACCGCCAUUGAUGCUGCAUGUCUGACUACGAACGAUCCUCCCGCAACUCUUGCCGAAUUCACACUUUCAUUUGAUAAAGAGGACAACUACGAUAUAAGUUUAGUAGAUGGAUACAACCUCCCACUAAAUAUAUACCCUUCCGACCAAAAUUGUCUCUCUCCAGUAUGUGAAGGAAAUGUCAACAAAUAUUGUCCACCCCUGCUCAGGACAGGUUUAGACAAGAAUGGAAUUAAUCUAGGAUGUAUGGCACCGUGUAAUGCUGGAUUCGGAGAUGAAUUGUACGGGAACAGAGCUUGCUGUACUGGUGCAUACGGUAAUGAUAGUAUGUUGUGUGAAUCUUGCGGAAUGGACUAUUACGAUAUGUUUAAAGAUAAUUGUGAAUUCUCUUAUGCCUACGCAUACGACGAAAAAUCCGAUACGGCCCUUCAUACCUGCCCCGCAACUUCGUUAGCAGGUUACACCGUCGAAUUUUGUCCCAACAACUCAAAUUUCAUUGGAGAACUCGAACCUGAUCCAAAGUAUCUCAGCUCCACUGCAAGUUGUUCCAAUAUCGCUACAUCUUGGAUCACCACUUUCCCUAUUCGACCUAGUCCCACUCAAGUAUUGACCAGUGGGACGCUGGAUGUGGUCGCUACUGUCGCUACGGGUGUGGAUGGUGCUGCUGCGAUACGAGUCGAUAUUUCAUCGUCGACUGGUACCGCCAGUAGGACUGGUUCAUCGGCUGCUACUAGUAGUGGACAGAUGGUCAGUAUACCUACCGGAACGAGGGGAGUGACGCCUGGUCUACCGAUCGUUCAACAUAUGAUACCUUCUGCUGAAAUCAGUGUGGAAGGUGUGAAUGCCAAUGAGGUCGCUUCGACGACAUCAAGUGGUUCAGUUGUUGAAUCUUCAAGGUCAUCUGGCGAACCAGAAAGUAUAGGAGAAGAGGAUAGCGCAUCGGUUCAAUCGACUACCUCUGCAUCUUAUAUAACCUCCUUCAGCAUGACCUCGACAAUACAGACUGAAGGAUCAUCACCAUCCGAUUCAAUCAUUACCGAUACGGCUUCGCCCCUCGGAUCAUCUUCGACUAUACCUAACAUCAACGCUAUUGAGACCUCUCCCGCGACUUCCAGUCUCCAAUCCACUCUGACCAGGAGUCACCUAGUCACAAUCACGACCACCCUUCCGGGCGGAUCCUCUACCGUACUGUCGUAUGCUCCGACCCAAGGUCCAGGUGGUUAUACCUCAGCGUUCACAGUGAUAGAUGGAAACACGCUAUAUCAAGUGAUGAAUGGGGGAAGUACGGGAGCAGGAAGUAGAACUUGUAAAGCUCCCCGGGCGACUGCGACUGCGACAGGUCCUGUGGGUCAAUGGUUGAGAGCUGUUCCUAAAGGACAUACAGAUCAGAAGAAGGUGAGUUGUUGUUUGUAG